AUGAGCUCUACUAGCAAUAUUAGAAAUGUCUAUUUUAUUCUAAAAUCUCUGGAAAUUGCUGACAUUUUCCAGAGAUUUUCAGUUUUUUUGAAAAUUGAAAACUAUGAUUUUUUGAAAAUGGGCGAUUUUGUGUGCUCAGACCUCCCCAGUGGCCUAAAAUUUCCAGUAAUUCUAGAAGAUUCUUGGUUCAAAAAUCCAGAAAUUGAGCUGGAAAUCCGGACAAACGGACACACAUACGCCGGGAUUUUGAUGAUUGGAAAGCCGGAAAAUCAAAAUUUCUCGAUUUCUGGCACAACUACAGUAUACCGUAUCCGAGAACCUGCAGAUCAUAUCUCGCUGGAAUGCACUAUUUUAGUCGAAGAAUUUUCUUCGAAAAUUCUAGAAAAAUCUGAAAUUCUGGAAGAGAAAAAGAUUGGGAUAACGAGAGAGACGCAGACAGAGAGAGCCAAGAAAUUGGUGCAGAGAGAUGGAGAGACGCAGUUUCCAUCAUUUGUCUCCUUGAGAAUCGCCCGUUUUUUAUCACAUUCUUCGCCGCAUUCCACACGUAUUUCAGCGAAUUUCGGUCCAGAUACCAUUGAUUACCGUACUCCAGCUGGAAAGGUUUGA